CCCAGCGUUUGUGGAGAGGGACAUCUGGGCACAGGACUACCUGAGUCUAGUAACUAAUAUUAUUCUUGGAUCCUCCUUGCUGCCGAGCUGGGUGUCCUGGAGCCUUAGUCUGAGGCGGGGCCCACAAAGGUAGCCCCAGCAGGAUGCCAGGCAUGAUGUCUACCUGACCCUGGGCUUGACCUGAGACUUGAGAACAAGGUGGGGAAGUUCCCCAAGGAGCCCCAGCCCAGUGCUCUUUGGGGUCAGUGGUUCCCAACUGCAGAAGACCUUUGCCUCGUUGAUCUCUGGUUAGUCCUGGCUGUUCCCUCAGUCAUGCGGGGGCUUUGCGCUGAGCACCAUGAGGCGGUUCCUGAGGUCAGGACAUGACCCUGCACGGGAGAGGCUCAAGCGGGACCUUUUCCAGUUUAACAAGACGGUGGAGCACGGCUUCCCACACCAGCCCAGCGCCCUCGGCUACAGCCAGUCUCUGCGCAUCCUGGCCAUCGGCACCCGCUCCGGAGCCGUCAAGCUCUAUGGUGCCCCAGGGGUGGAGUUCAUGGGGCUGCAUCGGGAGACGAACGCUGUGGUACAGAUCCACUUCCUACCUGGCCAGUGCCAGCUGGUCACCCUGCUGGAUGACAACAGUCUGCACCUGUGGAGCCUGAAGGUCAAAGGCUGCGUGUCAGAGCUGCAGGAAGAUGGGAGUUUCACGCUGCGUGGUCCCCCGGGGGCUGCCCCCAGUGCCACACAGAUCACCGUGGUCCUGCCGCACUCCUCCCGCGAGCUCCUCUAUCUGGGCACUGAGAGCGGGAAUGUGUUCGUGGUGCAGCUGCCGGCCUUCCGCACGCUGGAGGACCGGACCAUUAGCUCGGACGCCGUGCUCCAGCAGGUAGAGUCAAGCCAACCAGGUGGUGGUCAGAGCAGAGCUGUCUGCAGGUUGCCCGAAGAGGCCCGCCAGCGGCGGGUGUUUGAGAUGGUGGAAGCUCUGCAGGAGCACCCCCGCAACCCCGAUCAGGUCCUCAUCGGCUACAGCCGGGGCCUCAUUGUCAUCUGGGACCUGCGGGCCAGCCGCGUGCUCUGCCAUUUCCUCAGCAGCCAGCAACUGGAGAGCGUCUGCUGGCAGCGGGACGGCCACGUGAUUGUCAGCUGCCACUCCGAUGGCAGCUACUGCCAGUGGCCCGUUUCCGGGGACGCCCCACAGCCAGAGCCUCUGCGCAGCUGCAUGCCUUAUGGUCCUUUUCCUUGCAAAGCCAUUACCAAAAUCUUCUGGCUGACCACCAAGCAGGGGUUGCCCUUCACCAUCUUCCAGGGCGGCAUGCCUCGGGCCAGCUAUGGGGACCGCCACUGCAUCUCGGUGAUCCACGAUGGCCAGCAGACUGCCUUCGACUUCACCUCCCGCGUCAUCGACUUCACUGUCCUCACUGAGGCGGACCCUGCGGCGGCCUUUGACGACCCCUGUGCCCUGGUGGUUCUGGCCGAGGAGGAGCUGGUGGUGAUUGACCUGCAGGCGGCUGGUUGGCCCCCGGUGCAGCCUCCCUACCUGGCCUCCCUGCACUGCUCUGCCAUCACCUGCUCCCACCACGUCUCCAACAUCCCCCUGAAGCUGUGGGAGCGCAUCGUUGCCGCGGGCAGCCAGCAGCACACGCACUUCUCCACCAUGGAGUGGCCCAUUGAUGGUGGCACCAGUCUGGCCCCAGCCCCUCCCCAGAGGGACCUGCUGCUCACGGGGCAUGAGGACGGCACCGUGCGGUUCUGGGACGCCUCCGGCGUGUGCUUACGACUGCUCUACAAGCUGAGCACGGUCCGGGUGUUCCUCACCGACACAGACCCCAGCGACAGCCUCAAUGUCCAGGGCGAGGAUGAGUGGCCCCCACUCCGCAAGGUGGGCUCCUUCGACCCCUACAGUGAUGAUCCCAGGCUGGGCAUCCAGAAGAUCUUCCUCUGCAAAUACAGCGGCUACCUGGCUGUGGCAGGCACGGCGGGGCAGGUGCUGGUGCUGGAGCUGAAUGACGAGGAGGCGGAGCACAGCGUGGCGCAGGUGGAGGCGGACCUGCUGCAGGACCAGGAGGGCUACCGCUGGAAGGGCCACGAGCGCCUGUGCGCCCGCCCGGGGCCCGUGCGUUUCGAGCCCGGCUUCCAGCCCUUUGUGCUGGUGCAGUGCCAGCCCCCGGCUGUGGUCACCUCCUUGGCCUUGCACUCCGAGUGGCGGCUUGUGGCCUUCGGCACGAGCCAUGGUUUUGGCCUCUUUGACCACCAGCAGCGGCGGCAGGUCUUUGUCAAAUGCACGCUGCACCCCAGUGACCAGCUAGCUUUGGAGGGCCCACUGUCCCGUGUGAAGUCCCUGAAGAAGUCCCUGCGCCAGUCCUUCCGCCGGAUACGUCGGAGCCGGGUGUCCAGCCGGAAGCGGCGGCCAGCUGGUCCCUCUGGAGAGAACGGGGAGGCCGGAGCCCACGCUCAGGCCCGGCCCCGCCCGCUGCAGGGACAGGAGGGGGCGGCCAGGCCCGAGCGCGCAGGGGUGCAGAGCAUGGAGCUGGCUCCGGUACAGCGCAGGAUCGAGGCCCGCUCGGCGGAGGAUUCCUUCACGGGAUUCGUCCGGACCCUCUACUUCGCUGACACCUACCUGAGGGACAGCUCCCGCCACUGCCCCUCGCUGUGGGCCGGCACCAAUGGGGGUACCGUCUACGCCUUCGCCCUGCGCGUGCCCCCCGCCGAGCGGAGAAUGGACGAGCCUGUGCGGGCAGAGCAGGCCAAGGAGAUCCAGCUGAUGCACCGAGCGCCCGUGGUGGGCAUCCUCGUGCUGGACGGACACAACGUGCCCCUUCCCGAGCCCCUGGAGGUGGCACAUGACUUAUCGAAGAGCCCGGACAUGCAGGGAGGCCACCAGCUGCUCGUGGUGUCAGAGGAGCAGUUCAAGGUGUUCACGCUGCCCAAGGUGAGUGCCAAGCUGAAGCUGAAGCUGACCGCCCUGGAGGGCUCGCGGGUGCGGCGGGUCAGCGUGGCCCACUUCGGCAGCUGUCGAGCCGAGGACUACGGGGAGCACCACCUGGCCGUGCUCACCAACCUGGGCGACGUGCAGGUGGUCUCGCUACCCCUGCUCAAGCCGCAGGUGCGGUACAGCUGCAUCCGGCGCGAGGACGUCAGCGGCAUCGCCUCUUGUGUCUUCACCAAAUACGGCCAAGGCUUCUACCUGAUCUCACCCUCAGAGUUCGAGCGCUUCUCUCUCUCCACCAAGUGGCUGGUUGAGCCCCGGUGUCUGGUGGAUUCAGCAGAGACCAAGAGCCACAGCCGCCCCCGCAAUGGAUCAGGCCCAGAGAAGGCCUUGGACCGAACCAGGAACUCGGGGAGCCAGAGUGACGGAGAGGAGAGAAGGCCCGGCCGAGUGAUGGAACAUGCUCUGCUCAAUGAUGAGAGGGUCCUGAAGGAGAUCCAGAGCACCCUGGAGGGAGACCGAGGGAGCUAUGGCGAUUGGCGUUCUCAGCGAGUGGCCGUGGGGUACAGUCUCAGCAAUGGAGGAGCAGAAUGAGCAGGUCGUGGGUCGAGGCCGCACCACGAACACACACUACUGAGGGCUCUCCCCGGGGCCCGGCCCCGCCUGCGAGGACCGUGCCCUGGGCUGCGCCAGGGGCUGGAGCUGACCCCAGUGUCCGGCCCGCUGCUGCUCUUGGCCUUGGGAGAGGUGGGACCCCGGGGCUGUGGGGCUGCCCCUCCUGGGCCUUGUCUGUCUUGGUUCUUUUGUCAAUGUUGCACAGUUUUUACUUCCUCCCCUUUUUAUAGUGGGCUGGGUUUUAAAUUAUAAAUUUUAAUUGCCUCUGGGUGAAAAAGAGUUUUUAAUAAACACCUUAUUACCUCUUCA